AUGUCAAUUGACAAGAUUCAUUUCGAAAGGCAUUCGAGAAAGGACGCCCAAAGGACAGUCAAUCUGGACUUUGAGGCGCGUGUACCCAUCCCCUUCAGUGUCUUCCCGUCGUCGUACCGGAGUGACGCUGUCUCUGAGACUACUCAGACGAGAGUAGAAGGAGAGGUUGAAAUCAAUCGCACUUCGCGCGUCGGACGGGAAGAUACUGCUGGUGCUCCUCUUCCCGACCCUCGUGUCUACGGAAAGGAAGAAGUUGACGUACGCAUCCGUACCGACGACCGCCGUCCUCGUACUCGCUUUGAAGAAACCCGUGUUUACGAAGAGCGCGAUCGAUUCUACGACAAGCAGUCUACCUAUCCUCAGGCGGCUACUUACCCUCAGACUACCUACGAUCAGGCUAACUACCCCCAGGUAGAACUUUCUCGCGAACGCUUCCGCGAACCGAUUGGUCGUUACGAAGAGUACCCUACCUCUAACAACACUACUACUGUUCAAGAACGGGCCUUCGAGACCCAGCUUGACGUUACCGAACGCGAGAUCCGCCGUCGUAUCCAACCCACUUACGAGGUCGACGUUACUUACGACCGUCGAUACCAACCCGACACUGCAGCUUACCGUGCUGACGCCUACGACGUCACCCCUGAAAGCCGCAGCAACCCUUACAACCGUUCUGCUCAAGUUUCCGUAACCAAGGAGACUAUCCGUCAAGAAUCCCCUAAAUCCAAAAUGGGUUACUACGACGACGAAGGUCACUACCACUCCUUCCGCCGCGGCGUUGAGCGUGCUGCCGACCGCCUCCUUCACCCUUUCCACCAUGAGCGGGAAGAGGUGAUUGUCGAGGGAGCUCCUCGUGCUCCUCGUGAGGAGGUCCGUAUCAUUGAACCUCGUGGCGGUGUCUCCAGCAAGGACAGCGUGCCUAUCCCCGUUCACUUCAUCCGUGUCGGUGAUCUCCUCAUUCUCCAGGGACGUCCUUGUCAGGUCAUCCGUGUCUCUGUUUCCCCUCAGACCGGCCAGCAUCGUUACCUCGGCGUUGACCUCUUCACCCGUCAACUUCAUGAAGAGUCCAGCUUUAUCUCCCACCCUUCCCCCUCUGUCGUAGUCCAGACCAUGCUUGGUCCUGUCUACAAGACUUACCGUGUCCUCGAUGUCCAUGACGAUGGUAGCAUCACCGCCAUGACCGAAACUGGUGAUGUCAAGCAGAGCCUUCCUGUCGUUAGCCAGGGCGGUCUCCUCCAACGUAUCCGUCAAGCUUACAGCGACGGCCGUGGAAGCGUCCGUGCUCUUGUCAUCAACGACGGUGGCCAUGAAUUGGUUGUCGACUACAAGGUUAUCCACGGUUCUCGCCUGUAAGAAUAUUCAUGCCAAUUUCCAAAAAGGGUUAGUCUCGGUUACUCCCGUGUUUUGUUCGUGGAUGAGUCUACUCCACUGACAUGCAGGGACAAGCCUAACUAACCUCUUUUCUUUUGUUUAUUUUUUGGUCAUUCAACAUACAAGAACAAUGAAUACGAAGGUGGUUACUUUGGGAUACGACGGAACGUGUAUGAUGGAGAGGGAUGGAGACUCGACUCGAUCGGUUUCUUGAUCAGAUCCGGUUUAUUUUUCUUUUUUCUUGUUUACAUUUCCUUUGUAUAGUGAUGUCUUUUUGUUUUGUCUCUUUCUAUAUAUGACUAUUAGGUAAAAUAAGUUAUCAAGAUAAUGAUCAUUAUACUAUAC